CAUCGAGCCAAUCGCACAACGUGGAUUCCAAGAGUGGGCGUGACCUCAAAUAGCUUUAGCUCGGUAAUGCUAGAGGGAGAUCGAUCCAACCAAAUUUGCAAGAAAACGACAUCAAAUCGACUGAUAAAUACGGAAAUAAACUACAAGGCACCACAGGAGGUCCUGCAGGUGUACCUGCAACCCUGAACCCCCCCCCCCCAAUGGCGACUGACAUACUCAUGGACAUGAUGCGGCCUUCUCAGCCUGUUCCACCCUCGCCCCCUGCAUCCCAAGAUCUGAUACCCGCUCUGGUUCCUGUGUUGGCAACGAAACCCGACGCGGCAACGACCUCGGAUCCCAGUCCUGCUCCGACCGCCGCACCGGUUCAGCCUCCGGGCCCGGAUGUUGUCGAUGGCCUCGUUCACGGUUCCGAGCCGCCCCCGCCCGCCGCCGUUGCGCCGCCGCCGUCACUAUCCUGCACAAAGAACCCCAACUGUAAGAUCAUGACCUUUCGCCCCACCAUGGAGGAAUUUAAAGACUUUGCCAAAUAUGUAGUCUACAUGGAGAGUCAAGGAGCUCAUCGUGCUGGCCUGGCCAAGGUGAUUCCGCCAGAGGGUUGGAAGCCACGAAAAUGCUACGACACCAUCGAGGACAUGGUGAUCCCAGCUCCCAUCAUGCAAGUGGUGACUGGCCAGUCUGGCCUUUUUACGCAGUACAACAUCCAGAAGAAGUCCAUGACGGUGAGCGAGUACCGUAAGCUGGCCAACAGUAAAAAGUACUGCACACCUCGCCAUAAAGACUUUGAUGACCUGGAGAGGAAGUACUGGAAGAACCUGACUUUUGUGUCGCCCAUUUACGGCGCCGACGUUAGUGGAUCUAUCUACGACGAGAACAUCCAAGAGUGGAACAUAGGCCACCUGAACACACUCCUCGACAUGGUGGAGCAGGAGUGCGGAAUCGUCAUCGAGGGCGUCAACACUCCCUAUCUGUACUUCGGCAUGUGGAAGACCACCUUCGCCUGGCACACGGAGGACAUGGAUCUCUACAGCAUUAACUACCUGCAUUUCGGCCAGUCCAAGUCUUGGUACGCCGUCCCGCCGGAGCAUGGCAAGAGGCUGGAGAGACUGGCGCAAGGCUUCUUCCCUGGUAGUUCCCAGGGGUGCGAUGCUUUCCUUCGCCACAAGAUGACUUUGAUAUCGCCAUCCAUCCUGAAGAAAUACGGCAUUCCCUUUGACAGGGUAACUCAGAAUGAAGGGGAGUUCAUGAUCACCUUUCCUUAUGGCUACCACGCCGGCUUCAAUCAUGGCUUCAACUGUGCCGAAUCCACAAACUUUGCCACUCUGCGCUGGGUUGACUACGGCAAAAUGGCCACUCAGUGUACCUGCCGUAAGGACAUGGUGAAGAUUUCCAUGGAUGUCUUUGUGCGCUGCCUCCAGCCGGAUCGCUACGACAUGUGGAAACAGGGAAAAGACAUCAUCAUGUUGGACCACUCCAAGAUCACCGAGCUCAGCAGCCCGGAACUGGAGCGCUGGAGACAGCAUCGCAUCACAUUCCGAGCCAACCUCUUGCGGAAGGCCAUGCAGAAAAUGAAACAGUUCCGCCGUCUGAAGUUGGAGGAGGUGAAGGUACUGGCGGAGGAGGGCAUCGAGUUGAACGCCGUUGAAUACCAACGUCAAGUGGAGGAGCGAGAAGCCCAGCGCCGCCAAGAAAGAGAGGACCGCCUCGCCAGAGAGGCCAUGAUGACCCUGGAGGCCAUGCAGCUGAAAGAAAUGCAGGAUGCCGAGGCCGCUUCCAGGGCGGCUGCCACUUCAGCGCCGCAGGAACUUGACUCUCAACCACAAAACCCGAACGGCAACGUGGCGGAUGAUGCAGAAACCGCGAUGCAGACAAAUCAGGAUGUGCCCAUCACAGGAUUUCAAGAAGUAUUUGAACAAUUUACUGCAACCGCCAUGAAGAAUUCAAGGUCUGCCUCGUCGGAUCCCAUCCAGGAGGAGAAUCCCGCGGUCCAAAAAGCCGCAGACAUCCCAGCAGACAACAGCAACCUGGAAGCCAGCUACAGCAAGCUGAAGAUGCCGACAGAAGUUAAGAAGAGUCGACGUCACCCCCUCACCAAGCCGCCCAUCCGGUCUCCUUUGUCUGUGGUCAAGCAGGAUCCGACUGGUGCUGCAGAGCUAACGUCACCCGCGGCACUGGAAAGCAGCAUGAAGAAACAGGAGCACCUUUGGCAGAAUCGAUCUCCCAACUUCCUGGCCGAGAAGGCCUUCAACGCUGCCGUGGCGGUCCUCCAGCCACACUGCGCCGUCUGCUCGCUCUUCUGUCCCUACACAAAGCCCCACCACGAACCCAUCAAUGCAAACGAUCGUCAGCGGUCCUUUGUCCCCCGCCACGGGAAUCGAACUCGUCCGAUCGUCCCAGAGAUGUGCUUCAGUGUCAGGGCCGACAGCACCGAGCCCCCUCCCACGAGCCACUACAUUGGGGAGGAUGGAACCAGCGUGCUGCUGUGCUGCUCCUCGUGCAACAUGCAAGUGCAUGCCAGUUGUUACGGUGUCAAUCCGGACUCGGUCGUCGGACCGUGGACGUGCUCCAGAUGUGUGGCGGGUGCCUGGACAGUGGAGUGUUGCCUCUGCAACUUGAGGGGAGGAGCUCUGAAGAUUACCGUCGACAACCGGUGGGCGCAUAUCAUCUGCGCCAUCGCUGUGGCUGAAGUUCGCUUCAUCAACGCUAUCGCGAGGGAACCGGUGGAUAUCAGUGCCGUUCCGGAAACACGCAGAAACCUGGUGUGUGUGUUCUGCCACGGCAAAAAUGUCAGCCAGAACCGAGGCGCGUGCAUCCAGUGCUCCAACGAGAACUGCGCCACAUCUUUCCACGUCACCUGCGCCCAAAUUGCCGGCGUUGUCAUGACACCCGCCGACUGGCCCUACGUGGUGUCGGUCAUCUGCCACCGACACAGAAAGGUCAUUCCGAAGUCUCGGGCGCCCGUCAAAACUCCCAGUGGUCCGACCCUGGGUCAGCGGGUGAUUGGCCGCAACACCGACAGCUGGUUUUACCAUUGUGUCAUCAUCGGCAUGGCGACACAAACUUUCUACGAGGUCAACUUCUACGACGGCUCCUACUGCGACAACCUGCAUCCAGAAAACAUUAUAAGUCACGACUGCUUGCGUGCUGGCCCUCCUGACGCGGGGGAGUUGAUCGUGGUCAGAACCCAGGACGGUCAGGACCAGAAUGCUUACUUUGUCAAACAGCACGUCCACAAGGUCUACCAGGUUGAGUUUCAGGACAAGAGUCAGCAGUUGUUAAAGCAUUCAGAGAUUCAUCUGCUGGACCAGGAACUGCCCAAGAGGGUCCGGACCCGCCUUGCCAUCCCCAUGUCCCAGGAGGACCCUUCCUCAGCAGACGGAGCCGGAGCGGCCAAACGCCGCCGCCUGCCCUCCACCCCCACCCCGCACACAGCCGAGGCCCCCAUGGAGACGACGCCCGCCCCGCAGAAGACCGCCCCGGCCGCCGCACCAGCACCGCUUAACAGUAUCAUCAACCUCCCACCCCCGCAGCUUCUAAGCCACGUCAGCGUGACCACGUCUGUGCCCGGCGCCCCCGCCGUUGCCAUCCCGUCGCGUCCCGACGCUCCGAUGGACACCACCCGCUCCUUGCCUCACGCCCCGACAGACUCCAAGUUGACCCCGGACCCCACGUUGGCCGCGCACCCCAACCCUUUUCAGUGCCAGUUGAACUCUGAUCCCCUCCUGUCUGCGGCGUCCCCGCCGGCGCCCGCGCCCCCGCCAACCCAACCCCCGCGGCACAUGUCUGACAGCUACACUCCUAGCAGCGGCUACGUCUCAUACAUGGAGACUCUCCUGCAUUCACACUUCCCCCAGGACGAGGGCCCCGGGACCCUGUUUUAGUGCGGGACGGACGUAAACAAACAUGUCGCACCAGCUCGGGAAAAAAAAAAAACAACACAAAUUUUUAAUGCAUGUUACUCUUUUUUUUUUUUUUUUUUUGAUGAGAUUGCAGUGUAGCUUCAGCACAGAGCUUUUUUUUAUUUCUAUAUAUAUUUUUUUGCUAUUAUUAUUAUUAUUAUUAUUAUUAUUAUUAAUUGUGGUUUGAUAUUCCUCAGCAGUUGGAUGUGUUUUUUUUUUGCUAAUUCUUUUCCCAUCUUUAAUAUAAGUAUCUCUGGGUGGUAUCAACUUUGUACCUCGUCGCGUUUAUUAUUCGAUAACGGCACGUUUUGUGAGACGGGGGGAAACAGGAAGCUAAUUGUUAUUCCCAGUCUCUUACUUUUUUUUUUUUUUUUUUAAU